GCUGCGAGAAAAUCAAAAGCUGAGCAUGCAUGUUUAAAAAAAAAUAAGACAAUGCAUCAAUCUAAUGAUUUAUUAGAUUAUAAAUCAGUUGAUGAAGAACUUGAUGAUCAUAUUUGGGUAGAUAAAAAAAUCAAUGAAAAAGCCGAUAGUUAUUUUGAAGUUUUACUAGCAGCUGCUAGGAAUAAUAAUUCUUGGAAAGUUGCAG